AUGAGCGAUGAUGCCACCGCAGACGUCAAGGAAGCAAGUGGCUUUCUGGACGUCAUCCAAGACAUGGUGGAUGACUGCCAGGAGGAACUUGAUGAAGUUGAGGAGAACCUGACGAAGCUGCCAAUGGUGGCAAUGCUUCUUCGCCAGGAGGUGGACAAAGAGGCGGCUGAAGCAUUGGCCAGCCUGGCACGAGUGCAUGUGGAGGCAACUGCCCACACGACCUACUUGAAUAGACCCAGAACUCUGUGGGUGCUGGAUCGCGAUGAUCAUCAAGACUCCAGUCCUGUCACGCCUGCGGUGCACCUUAGCGAAUUUGUUUUCCUGGUGAGUGAAGCCACGCAGCAUCUCCGCGUCGAAGACGGUCCGUGGGUAUGGCCACUGCAUGACAGUGAUGUGGCGGGAGCUAUCGCACUCAGUGAAGUUGCUGACGAGAGCUCGCCUCUUUGGCGCAAGGCGCUGUGGGCCUUGCGCAUCCUGGCACCACCGCACGGCUCCGUGCUGGAGAGGUGUGUGAUGGAGCACUAUGGGCGAGAGGCAGGCUACGUCUUUGCCUGGGCCAACCUCUUCACUCGCGCCUUAUGGCCCCUGGGCCUCGUGAUGCUCAUCUAUGGCCUCGCUGGGGUUGGGCCAGGCGCUGAGGGCACAGAAGCCAUCCCAUGGUACAGCAUGCAGCUGCUGCUGCUGGUCUGGGGCUUGAUCGUUACCGGCCUCAGCAGCUCUCGCAGCCCGGUUUGA